AAAUCGAUACGUACAAAACUUCUCACCUCAUUCUUGAGUGCCUUUUCAACGAAAAUUAUUUUUUUCGAACAUUGUGAAAAAUCGAACAUUGUGAAAUUUUUUUGUGAACUAUUUGUGGUGUGCGUGUGUUAUUUAAAAAAAAAAUAAAACAAAAUGUCGAAGUCAUUUUUAAUGGAUUCAUUGCUGAGUGAAAAAUCGUCGAAGCGAAAAUAUGCCGAGACAGCAGCUCCAAUGGGAUUAUCGCCGUUUAUCCAGUAUCCACCUUAUUACGUUGGCAGCUAUUUAUUUUCCCUUGGAAUACAACAACAACACCAGCAACAACUUCAACAACAUCUUCAUCAUGUUUCGCCGGUCUUAUACGCCAAUUUAACAAAAUCACCACGUCAAUGUGAAAUAACGCCACCACAUGAACCAUCCCAUCUGUUGGAGUACAGCAAUGCCCAUCUAUUGACCACUUCGUUGACACCAUCGCCAAACGCAAAUUCAUCCAUCCAUUUCUCAUCUGAACGGCGUGAAUCGUCGCCUGUGUUUGAAGAGCAACCAAAUAAAAAAUUCAAGUGCACACCACCGCCGUCGCCACCAGCCUCAAUUUCCGACUAUGCCGAUUCAAGCAAACGCAUUCGUACCGCAUUUACCAGCACACAACUUUUGGAUUUAGAACGUGAAUUUUCCAUGAGUCAAUAUUUAACACGUUUGCGACGCAUCGAAAUUGCCAACAAAUUGAAAUUAUCGGAGAAACAAGUGAAAAUUUGGUUCCAAAAUCGUCGUGUUAAACAUAAAAAAGGCGACAUUAGUCCAGGUUUAUCAUCGUUUGAACAUCAGCAUCAAUCAUACGCAUCAGGAUCACCAUCGAAUGAUUGUCACAACAUAUUCUGCGCGAAGAAUUAAUUUAAGCAAAAUGACAAAAAAUUAUAUUGUACAAAG